UAUCAAUGGAACCCUGGAAGGCUCAUCAUGUUGUGGAGCAGGGAACUGAGAGUCUUUCUGAUUGUGAUAUUGUUGUUCUAGAAAGGUACCGCGCUUUCCGACGCAGCACCAUGGCCGGCGCCUGCCCGCAGAAGCAGUUCGACGCGGCCGUGCACCUGAUCAGGGGCCUGCCCAAAAACGGUCCGUUCCAGCCUUCGAACGACAUGAAGCUGAAGCUGUACGGCUUCUUCAAGCAGGCGACGGAGGGACCUUGUACGCAGCCGGCGCCCUCCUUCUGGGAUCUGGUGGGCAAGGCCAAGUGGGGUGCCUGGAAGAGCCUGGGCGACAUGCCGCCAGAGGAGGCCAUGCUCGAGUAUGUGGAGGAGAUCAAGAAGGUGAUGGAGACCAUGUCGCUGACGGAAGACGUGGCCAGUCUGAUGGACACGCUGGGCCCCGUGUACGAGUACGUCGACGAUGGAAAGGCCGACCGGCCUGCUAAAAAAAAGCACGUCCGGUUCUCCUCCGACGCGGCGCCGACUACCAACGGUCACGUGGCCGACGAACCGGCCGCGACCAACGGUCACGCGACACCGCCGGCUGCCAACGGUUUGCCGGCGCCGGACGUCAACGGCGGCCACGCGCCGGAGGUGGAGCGCUGGGUCGGCGCGGCCACCUCGGACACGGACGACGACGACGAGUUCAACGACCCGAUCGGGGGGUCCGAGCUGGUGCAGGCGCGGGACGGGGCGCAGACUCGGCUGGACGCCCUGCAGCAGCGUGUCGAGACUCUCUCUCAGCUUGUGGACUCGGCCGGCGCUCAGAUACUGGAUGGACGGCUGGAGACGGCCUGCGCGAGGCCCGGCCUGGAGGCGGCCAAGGAUGCCGCAGGGGGAGUCACCGUCUGUCCGGGCAAGGUUUGGUGUCACCCGCGCGCGCCAUCCCCGUCCAAUGACGGCGCGUUGUCAGCAGAGGUGCACGACGAGCUGCGCGCGCUGCUGCGUGACAUGCGGGCCGACUUGGACACCGUCACGGGCCGGCUGCGCGCGCUGGAGGCCGCCUCCGGUCGCGCCCAGGUCAAGGAGCGCCCCUGGUGGCAGGUGCCGGAGCUGUCGGCGCGCUCGCUGCUGCUGCUGCUCUGCUGGCCGCUGGUGCUGCAGCUGGCUCUGCGCCUGCUGCGCGCCAGGCGGCCCCGGUAGUGGCGCCGGACACCGCGGUGUUGGCCGGCGCGCCCCGGCGCGCGACACGGGGCUGGCUACCGGGUGGCUGGUUACGUUAUGUAGGUGGUAGUGUGCGCCGCUGGGCAAGCGCGCAAGGCUAACCAUGGGGGAUCACCGAUUCGGUGCGACCUGGUGCUCUAGGGGAGAUGGCAUGUUGCGGUGCGGCGCGGCGCGUGGUGUCGAUGGUGCUGGAUGUGCAAUCGUCGAGUGUCGGGGGCAGCGUAGCCUGGCCUCUGUGAUACGUGCCGCGGAUGCAGGCGAGUGCUCUGUGGGACAUCCCGCGGGGGUGAGUGUGGUGACGGCCCUGGCGGUGUGGCGGCGGUGGAGGCGCCGGCGUCGGCUCGGCCGCCUAGGUUCGGUCGACUGGCCAGGCUCGUCACGGUCCGUGGACUUGGCUGGCUGCAGCUGUGGCCGAUUCGUGUCGUCUCAAACGCGCACCUUUGCCUCACAGCCGUCUACCCGGCGCGCAUGGACGCCGCUGGUGUGUUGUUGUCAUUCUGACUGCCUUUGCGUGGAGCACUGCAAUGCUUAGCGGAGCAUACGGCAGAAUGUUAAUGGUCAUAUGUGCUAAUGGCGCCACAGCGCCACCAACCAUCCGUUCACUUCGAGAGCUUAAGUGUUCAGCAGCCGUCGUGGAAUCUGGGGAUGGAGGUUUUUGGACAUUUUCGAAAGGACGCAUUCAGCUGCACGAAAUCUAGAACACCGUACUUGCAUGCAGUGAAGUACUUGACAUUAAAUCAAGUACGGUAUAACUUGUAAAUCAGUACCUAUUUACACUGCUUGCUUUUCACAAAUGUGUAUUGAUCCGAGCCGUAUUUUGUGUUGCCCCGGACGCGUGUUGCGCCGCCCGGUCUAAGAUGUGUCGCCCCUGGUGGGUCCGCACUGACUCGGGUGGGACGCGCUCUCUUAGGCAGGAUGUAUCGCCCCUGGUGGGUCCGCACUGGCUCGGGUGGGACGCGCUCUCUUAGGCAGGAUGUAUCGCCCCUGGUGGGUCCGCACUGGCUCGGGUGGGACGCGCUCUCUUAGGCAGGAUGCACUGUCCUGAUUAGGAUGCAAUGUCCCGGGCGUCAUGCUCUGCCCAAGACGGGCAGCAUGGACCGCAGGUCCGUCGGAUGAACGUACCCUGCCCCGCUGUCUGCCGCUCCACCGCCGAUGCAUCCUCAGACACACAAGGCAUGUGGGACUGAGGUUGUUUUGGACGCGUGGUGCAUGGUACAAUAGUGCAUAUAUUGAUGUUAUGCGUGUCAUUACAGCAUAUAGGCUAGCAUGCAAGUGUAUGGUUUAGUUAUUCAGCCAUUGCACGUUAAGAUCAUAUAUCGAUGGGUAUCACAGGAUGUGUUCGUAUGAGCCGGGGAUAAACAAGCUUUAACUCUGAAGAGAAUUGAAUAGACAUGAUGUAGCCCACGGGACAAUGCCUAGACGUAUGUGUAACGCAGAGGGGCUGUUAGGUUUGUGUACGCCCAUGCUCACUGGUUGCGCACCUCGGUACAAGGACAGCAAUUAUCGGUUCAGCCUGAGGGUUUAUUUUGUUCUGGUUCAUUAGUUUGUUUUGCAGGCAAAACUUGCUGGCCUUAUGGGGCCGGACACAGUUGAAAGGACCAUUAUUGAACGUGGACUUGAGGACCGCUGCUGCAGUGCGUGGUUGUGACGUACGGUUAUGCUGAAUAUUGUCAAGUGAUCACUUUAUAACGAUGUUCGACUGGUGAUGUGGAUCGCAGCACAAGCGCUCUCUGUUAUGCCAGCCCAUCUGGCUAGCUCACAGGUUCGCGACCCAUACGUAUCUGGCCAGCUCACAGCUUCGCGAACCAUGCGCACCUGGCUAGUUCACUGCCUCGCAAACCAUGCGCAUCUGGCUAGCUCAAUGCCUCGCGAACCAUGCGCAUUUCGUUAGCUCACUGCUUAGCGACCCAUGUGCAUCUUCCAUGGACUGUAAUGACGAUGACAUGCCCAAGUGAUCUGUAGAGGGUUGAAGCUGUUCCCGUGCGUUCCUAGACAUCCCUGAGCGAGGCAACCGUUUUGGAUCUUUGACGAUUCUAAUAAUUAUCCAGUGGUGCAAGUUGGUGAAUACAGUCGAACCGGA